GCCGUCGGUGUUCUGUAUCGUCUGUGCCCGAUGCCGUCGGUGCCCUGUACUGUCGGUUCCCGGAGCCGCCGCUGCCCUGUCCUGUCAGGAUUCGAUGCCGGCGGUGCCCAUGACUGCCAGUUCCCGGUAGCGCCGGUGCCCGAUCCCGGCGAUUCCCGGAACCGUUGUUGUCCUGUACAGGCAGUGCUCGGUGCUGUCGGCGCCCGAUCCCAUCGGUUCCCGGUGCCGACAGUGCCCGUCACUGCCUGUUCCUGGUGCUGCGGGUGCCCGGCACUGUCAGGAUUAGUAAUCAUCGGUUCCAGGUACCGCUGGUGACCGGUGUCAUCGGUUCCCGGUGACCCCGGUGCCCAACACCGUUAGCGGUCGAUGCCGCCGGUUCCGGGAACCGUCUGUUCCCGGUGCCGCCAGUGCCCGUUCCUGCAAGUUCGCGUUCCCUACAAAUUCUUCUCGGACCCGUCGGGGAUCAACGAGAAGCGGAAGCAGCGGCGGAUCCGGACGACAUUCACCAGUUCGCAGCUGAAGGAGCUGGAGAGGGUCUUUGCCGAGACCCACUACCCCGACAUCUACACCCGCGAGGAGCUGGCCCUCAAGAUCGACCUCACCGAGGCCCGGGUGCAGGUGUGGUUUCAGAACCGCCGAGCCAAAUUCCGCAAGCAGGAGCGUGCGGCCAAUGCCAAGGGUGCCAGCGGCACGGGCAGCGCCGGGAAGAAGUCGGAGCCGCGCUCCUCCUCGGAAGACGACGAAUCCAAGGAAUCCAACUGCAGCCCGACCCCGGACAGCACGGCGUCCCUGCCCGCCGCCGCCAUCGGCAGCCCCGGCGGCAGCCUGAGCCCCAGCCCCGGCGCGGGGGCUCCCCUGGGACCCGGCCAUGCCCCCCAGCCCCUCAAGGCGCCCCUCUGGGCAGGAGUGGGGGGCGCCAGCGGUGCCCCCAACACGGCCGAGCUGCUCAAAGCCUGGCAGCCCACCGAGGCUGUGCCGGGACCCUUCUCCGGCGUCCUCUCCUCCUUCCAUCGGAAACCCAACGGCAUCAAGACAAACCUCUUCUGAUCGCCGAGCCAGCGGACCCGGCUGCCCCCCAGACCCCCC